GCUUUCAUCCGGGCACUUCAUCACUGCUAAGAAAAUGGCGUCCACAGAGGUGACUUACGUUCCACCGCCUUCCAAAAAGACUGGGCCGGCCAAGAAAAUCGAAUCUUUGAGAAAAUUUUUGUGGAAUCCAGCCCGCAAAGAGUUCUUGGGACGUGAUGGAUGGAGUUGGGGUCGCAUUGGUUUGUUCUAUUUGAUCUUCUACUCUGGACUGGCUGGUUUCUUUGCCAUCAACCUGUCAGUGUUCAUCUACACCUUGGACAAGGACACACCCAGGCUUUCUGGAGAUUCUAGUAUAACAACCAACUUUCCUGGUAUUGGGUUCAGGCCAAUUCCUGACAUCCGGACCACGCUGAUUCGUUUUGAGCAGGGCAAGCCUUCUACUUACAAGGCCUAUGUGGACCAUAUCCAAGCAACUUUAAGAGAUUAUGAAAACGAUCGCCAGGAGAGCGAACAGUUUGACAGCUGCCAGUCCACACGUCCCCGCGACAAGAUCUGUAAGUUCUUGGUGGAUGACCUUGGUGAGGAGUGUACUUACAGAAAAGACUUUGGUUAUGAUUUAGGCAAGCCAUGCAUAUUGCUCAAGAUCAAUAAGCUGUUUGGCUGGGAGCCUGAGAUGUACACCCCAGGGUCUGAUGAAGCCAGUGGUAUACAGAACAGCACAGGGGUGUCCCUCACUGAGGACAAUGUACAGGUGUACUGCGAGGGAGAGAACCCAGCUGACAGAGAGAACAUAGGUCCUAUCGUAUACUAUCCUAGUGCAGGCUUUCACAAGAAAUACUUCCCAUUCACAAACCAGGAGGGCUACCGACAGCCUAUCGUCAUGGCGCAGUUCACCAAGCCCCAGGCUGGACGCCUCAUUCAGGUGGUGUGCAAACUGGUCGCCAAAAAUAUUCCAAACGAGGAACGUCAGCUGGAUAGCAUGCACAAGGAGGGAAGUGUUCACUUUGAGCUUCUAGUAGACUAACAGUGGAUAACCUUUAGGAACUUACUUUCUUAAUUUUUUUCAAAUUGGAAUUUUAAAGUAGAUUGAUAUUUGGUGGAAAGAUAAUUUUUUGGGUCGGCUCCAGGAGGAAAAUUUGAAAUAGAAAGGUUUUAGUCCCGCACAGCAUCUGACCUGCAGUGAAAGCAACUGGUCCCAGUGAUAUAACUCAAGAGAAUUAGAUUAUGAUGGCCUAGUUUUAGGAGCUUUUGACCUAAUUUAGCACAAGUAGGUCAAAAAGGGUCUAUUUCUAGGUCAAAUUGACCUAGUUUAUGGGGAAAGAGUUGUUUUUUUAAAAACAUAAUUUCUUUCUUGUACUUGACAAUAUCAGUUAUCUAACAAAGAAAAAAAAAAACGCUGCAGGUUCUUGUAUAUAGUGUAUGAUUAUUUUCUAUAUUUGUUGAACCUAUCACAAUGCAACUGUUGCUCUGUGCAUUAAUGAUGAAGUAGACUGUGCAUUGUGUCAUAAUAUAUAAUGUAGCUCAGACCUAAUGUGUCAUCUUUGUAUCUCCGUAUACCACAGUUCCUUAGGCUUGGUAGGCUGUACUUAUCUAAAUAAUAUAAAUCCCGGUUUCUUGUGGAACAGACAAGGGAUGAGGACGCUUAGGUUUGAGAUAUGAUUUAAGUAUCAUAUACAAAGGAAGGGGAAAAGAAACCCUGCUCAGCAGCUUUUGUUUCACUGGACGCACAUAGGCACUCUCUUACACUGAACUUCUCCCGCACAAAAGUGUUGGGAUAUGAAAGCUUUUUUUGCAUGACUUUUUUUUUCCUUCAGUCAUAUCAUCACUGCCCUUUAUAGUGUUCUAUAGUAUUAUCUGCCUGUUUUACCGAAUUAUUAUGAUUAUGCUUAUAUUCGCUUUCGUCUUCUGUAUGGUUGUGUUAUUCGUUAUAUGUAGGGCUCUUUAUUGUCUUGUCUCUGAUUAAAUUUUAGCAAAAAAAGUGUUAUCUUUUCCUGUCCCUGAAGCCAUUUUCCAGCCACUUUUAUUAGGCUUUAAGGUGUUUAUGAUUAAUAUUGUUUAGUCACUACUAAUGCCAAUAAGUAAUAAUUCAGUAGUGUUUGCUGGAUAUAACUAUGCAUUGAUGUAGUCUUGUUAUAUUUAGGUCAGUGCGACCUACUUCACACUGCAUCAAUGUUCUUUAUUGAGCAUGUAUUGUUACACCUAUUAGCAAUUUUGAGGCAUAUACAAGUUUAUAAACGUAAUGUAAAUGUACAUUUAUCCUCUGCAGGUACGUGAUCAUAAAAAAAAUUAUUUCUUAAAAAGUGUCAAUUUUUAUGUUAAAUAUUUAGUGUGAUCAGAGUUGGGAAUUUUGAAAUUCUGUUUUUAAGGAAGUGUCAUUGAAACUGGAAAUAUUGUUAGACAAGUGGUGGAAGUGAUGCUUAACCAGUUACUAUCAUUCGGGUCAAGUUUGUAGUGAUGCUUUAUCCAUGCUGAGAUUAAGAUUGACCCCAAAUUGAGGCAAUAUACUCACAAUAGUCCGUCAUGUAACAAAUAUCCUACUUCCUUGUCCUUAAAUAGUUCUUUGCCUAUCAAGUAUUUUAUUCAUUUAUUUGUGUUUUGCAUAUCAAGAGUGGUAGCUCUAAAUCAACAUUUUUCUGGAGAGCUGAUUUUCACUGGAUCACAUCCCAGCAUUUAACUCUUUAAGGAAUUGCUUGAAUUCACCCCCACCCCCAAACCCUUGCCGUGAACCAGUCCUGUCUCUGAAAUGUAAGCCUUCAUUACAAAGGUCUUGUUGAAAUGGUAAUUAGUGUUUGUAAUGUAGCACUGGCCUUUACCAUUUCAAUAUUCAUGUCACAAUGGUGUAAUUAUUUGUUACUCAAAAUAUGUCUAACCUUAUUGUCAGAUUUCAUGUGUCAUGUUAAAUGACUUACACGCAUUUGAACCCGGUUGGAUUUUAUUUAUUUAUUUAUUUAAUUUUUUUUUUCAAAUAGAUUUUCAUCAUUAAUUGGUGUAAUGUGAUGGUGUCUUUUUAGCAAUUUAUGUAUUUCAACAUGUACAAAUCCUUGUUAACUGGUAAGUCAUUCUAGCUAAGACCAUUAAAUGUCCUUAUAAGGAUAACUGUAAGACUCCUAAACCAAUUGUGCUAGCUGGAUCGGUCUUACUCUGCGGGGCUUCUCCCCAAAGUGCUUUUAGCGUAAUCAGCUUAAUCAUCUGGCAUGCCCCCUUGAGUAACUAGGGGGUAAUAGACUGUUGUUAAUAAACCCCCUUACGGCAGGAGCAUGUGUGCUGGACAUUUAACCUGCUCACAAUGAAUGCAAUUUAGCGAAAAUCCCCUUAGUUAGAUUGUUCCAGCUAGUGCGAUGGGUUUAUGGGAACACUCCCUAAGAUUACAACAUAUUGGACCAGCUGUACUGUUAGAUAGACCAUUUUAACCAGCCUGUUCACAAAUAAUUGUUAAAAAUCAUUUGUGUUAUGUAAAAGUUUGUUGUGUGUCUAAGUUGAGAAAACGAUUGACCUCCACUAGAAUGAUAGAAAAAUCACUAAUAAUUCAUUAAGAUGAGAUAAAAUUUUGUGUGCAAAUUGGUAGACAAAUGUUAUAUGUUGGUUCAUAUCUUAUACUCACACACAACAUACACAUACACACACUAGGAUGUGCAGGAGAAUGCUUCCAAGACUGUUCACAAUGUAGGAACCACAGGAGAACUCUUCUCUAUCCUGACUGAGUGUAUGGAUUUGCCAUAACUGGCAUGAUUAUCUCUAGUGCUAAACAGUGUAAUACUGGGGUCCUGGGGGACUACACCGCAGGAUCCCGGGCUCAGAUGUUUUUUUGUGUGAGUAUAUUGAAUGUGUACAAUUAGUUUUUAAAGUUGAAUUUGUACAAUGAAAAGCACCAAUAAAAAUGAUUACUGGAGAGAA